CAUUUGCCGGUGUAUUUUUCUACCUUUUUCCAACCUUUUUCCUGUUUUCUGCACGCCAUGGGUCGAAAAAAUUCUGGAGAACCGAGCUCAACACACAGGUCGACGGCAAAGAGGGGCAGAGGUGGGUCUAGUCGUGGUCGGGGACGUGGUCGAGGGGGAUCUUCCAAAAAGGGAGGCCCGAUUAGACAUUUUGGCGAUGAACGGCCAGAAAGCGCUAUCGACACCAUUUCAGACGAUGAAGACGAAAGAGAUGAAUCAGACGAUGGCAGUGACGGUGGACAAAGCCCAGUUGUAAUCGACGUUCCAGUUGCAAUGUGGGAUUUUAACCACUGUGACCCCAAACGAUGUUCUGGAAAGAAAUUGGCUCGUCAGGGUCUCAUAAAGGAUCUCAAAGUUGGAUCAAGGUUCCGAGGAAUCGUUCUCUCUCCCAAGGGAAAGCAGAUCGUAAGCCCUUCUGACCGAGAUAUAAUCCUCAACGGAGGACUGGCUGUGGUGGAAUGCUCCUGGGCUCGUCUAGACGAGGUUCCCUUUGGGAAGAUAGCCAGUCCUCAUGAACGAUUGCUUCCAUAUCUGCUCGCCACAAACCCCACCAACUAUGGCAAACCGUGGCGACUGAACUGCGUCGAGGCUCUGGCAGCGGCUUUCUAUCUCACAGGAUUUGACUCAUACGCAGAACAGCUGCUAUCCUGCUUUGGAUGGGGAGGCUCCUUCUGGAGGGUCAACAAGUCGUAUAUCGAGCGGUACCGAACAUGUACGACCGCGGAAGACAUGUCGAAGAUGCAGGACGCGAUCAUGGACGAACUGGAAAGAAGUUACCAAGAGUCAAGGAAAGAGAAAGAGCGUGCUCAGGACGACGAUACAGAGGACCUCCUUGUAUCGAACCCAAAUCAUGCAUUCCAACACUUAUCACUGGAGGACUCUUCAGCAGAAGAUUCCGACACCGAGUGA